UGUCUCUGAAACUCCAUCCUCCUCCAUCUCCCGCUGUCCCGCAGUGUUCGGCUUGAACUUCAACGUCAAUGUAUUACGCCAGACUUGUGCCGGCCUUUUCCAAGGCGGGCAUUCAGAGCAUCGCCGUCUCAUCCGGCCGGAGACUUCGCUCCACCGUUGCCUCCAAACGGCGCGAUCCUGUUGGGGAGGAACAGCCAUCCGAGCCCACAUGCACGGUGGUGAAGAAAGCCACCCAGGUCGACCUGAUCAGCCAAACCAGUACCGCCACGCAGGAUGUCCGGAUCAGCAGCAUCUCAGUCGACUUCGAAAACACCAAUGAAGCGUACAAAAGCAAGGAUACGCUUGAGCUGCUCAGAAGUUUACUGGUCUUCAAACUUUGCUCAUAUGACUUUUUGGUUGAUAGGAACAAGGAGCUUAUGGACAUGACCAGGAUGCUCCUGGGCCAGAAGAUGUUUGAGAGGUUGAUGAAAAUGACCUUCUACGGGCAGUUUGUGGCUGGGGAAGACCACGAGGCUAUCAAGCCAUUGAUCCAAAAGAACCGGGCUUUUGGUGUGGGGUCGGUCCUAGACUACAGUGUGGAGGAGGACCUGACCCAGGAAGAGGCUGAGAAGAAGGAGAUGGAUUCAUGCAUGUCUGAAGUGGAAAAAACAAGCCCAGGCACGGAGCACCGUGAGAAGCAGUACCAGGCACACCGGCGGUUUGGUGAUCGGCGAGGGGGCGUGACCAGUGCUCGCACCUACUUCUACGCUGACGAGUCUAAAUGUGACCAGCACAUGGAGACCUUCCGCAACUGCAUCCGUGCCUCGGGUGGAAGCUCUGAGGAUGGCUUUUCAGCCAUUAAAUUGACUGCUUUAGGAAGGCCUCAGUUCUUGCUUCAGUUCUCGGAGGUGCUGGUAAAGUGGAGACGCUUCUUCGGGUUCUUGGCGGCUCAGCAGGGAAAGGAAGGUCUGGCGGCGUUGGAGCAGAGGUUGGAGCUGGAGCAGCUGCAGGACAGCUUGGCGAAGCUGGGAGUGGCCGGCAAGGAAGAUCUCCACAACUGGUUCACGGGGGAGAAACUGGGAUUGUCUGGGACUAUAGACUUGCUGGACUGGAACAGUCUGAUUAAUGACAGGACCAAGAUCUCAAAUCUGCUGGUUGUUCCAAAUCUUCAGACUGGACAGUUGGAACCACUGCUUAGCAAAUUCACGGAGGAGGAGGAAAAGCAGAUGAAGAGGAUGCUGCAGAGGAUUGACGUACUUGCCAAGCACGCCUUGAGCGAAGGCGUCAGGCUGAUGGUGGACGCCGAGCAAACCUAUUUCCAGCCAGCAAUCAGUAGGUUGACCUUGGAGAUGCAGAGGAUUUUCAACAAGGAAAAGCCCAUCAUCUUCAACACCUAUCAGUGCUAUCUCAAGGAGGCCUAUGACAACGUAUCUGUGGAUGUGGAGCUGUCCCGGCGGGAGGGCUGGUAUUUUGGGGCUAAGCUGGUGCGUGGGGCCUACAUGCAGCAGGAGAGGAGCCGGGCGACAGAGGUCGGCUACGAGGACCCCAUUAACCCUGAUUAUGAGGCCACCAACCGGAUGUACCACAAGUGUCUGGAUUUUGUACUGGAAGAGAUUGAGCACAGGAGGAAAGCCAACGUUAUGGUAGCUUCUCACAAUGAAGACACUGUCAAGUUCACCUUGCAGAGGAUGAAUGAGAUGGGUCUCUCCCCCGUGGAGAACAAAGUCUACUUCGGUCAGCUACUGGGCAUGUGUGACCAGAUCAGCUUCCCCCUUGGCCAGGCUGGAUUUCCAGUGUACAAGUAUGUGCCCUAUGGCCCCGUAAAUGAAGUCAUACCAUAUCUAUCGCGCCGCGCACAGGAGAACCGUGGCAUCAUGAAGGGGUCGACUCGAGAGCGCCACCUGCUGUGGAGAGAGCUGAAGCGCAGGCUGGUUAGCGGGCAGCUCCUGUACAGUCCAGCCUUUUAAGUGCAGUGGUUUUGUAGAGGGAAGGGAAGGGUGGGAGACUGUGUGUGUGGUGCGGGGGCCGGCUGCUGGGGGACACUUCUGGUUCAUAGCUCCUGUGAACUGAAAAUCAAAGGAGCAGCAUUCGUUUGAAACGGAACGGAAAAUACUGUGGUUUUUCAUGCCUUUACAGGCAACCUUAGCGUGAACUUUUACCGUAGUGUGAACGUCUUUAAUACAGUACAGCCUGUACCAUUAAUUGCUCAUAAUACCCUGUGCCUUGUUGUUUCUUACAUACCUCAUGUCGUCCGUAUGCAUAUGUCAUGGAGCCUUCUCCGCUACAAAACUGAACAGUGUUAAGACUCGUGAGGACCAGUAGAAAAUUAACACAAAGGCUUAUGGUAAAAAUAGGUACAAGCGUACUAUAAUUAUUUGUGUCCUCUGGUAACGGCCGUCUGGUUCCGUGUUUUCUGAGGCACACUCCGGUUUGUCGGUUUCUGUCAUUGUUUAGGGUUUGUACCCGAUAGCCGAAGAUGGGAUUUUAAUGGAUACUGGUUCUGAAUGCUUGUUCAUGUAUGACAUGGUUGUAUGUGUUUUCAACGUACGUUAUACAUUGCAGAAUUUUGGGUUAAAAACAACCCAAGCCAGGUUAACUGGCAACCCAGUGUAGGGUGAAUAUUAGACAGAAUACACACCGAGUUAUUGUGACCCAGUCUCUGGAGUUGCGUAGUUUAAUGAUGGUGCGUGUUUGUCACAACAACCCACCCACUGCUAAAGGAAAUUUACCAUUAGUACAUGUGUCUUCUGCUAUUAAAUACUUAUGAACACCAUCUUUGUCAAGUGAUUGUAUGAAAUAUCAUUCACUUGACAAAUUCUUAAUGUUGUAAAUAUUUGUUGCCGUUAAUGUUGGCUGACAAUAGACGAAAGAUGUGUUAUUAAGAGAGGAGUUAAAUGUAAAAUUUGCAUUAUUGUUAAUAUUUAGAAUCGAACUUUAUUCAGAAUUAUAUUACAAUGAUGAUAUUACAUAUAUUACAGUAUUACAAAUAUUAUAAGACAGUGAUUUGAAAUGCACAUCUUUGCGAAUGUAUAAAGCAUACCACGUCUGUGUGGAAAGGCAUAUAUGUAUUAUGUAGCACAGGGAUGGGGAAUCUGUUCCAUAGGGGGCCGGUGCGGGUUUUUGGGACGAUCUCUCUCUGUCAAUAAUAAAACUGCGGUUCUCAACUCCAGUCCUAGGGACCCACUGUGAUUGGCUGAUUGAGAAGCCAUCCCACAAACCCGUUCCGGCCCUCCAUGGAACAGGGUCUCCACCCCUGAUGUGGAGUUACACAAAUUUUAAAGUGCCUCACCUUAUUAAAGUGUUCUUGCAAACUGAUUUAUUCCAAUGAAGUGUAAAUUACACAUGGAUUGUUAAACGUGUUCUGUUGGGAAGUGCUAAGCUAUGUCAGUUUUAGGGUGAAUUUUCCUUUAUCUAUCACCAAAAUAGCUUGGUGUUUCUCAUAUUUAUCAAGCCUGUAAAUCAGUCCUUGAUUAUAAGGAUUGUGGUUUGUUUUGCUGGCUUUGUGAUUGUAUCUGCCUUUUUUGCGUUCUGCAGCGUUUCAUUUUUAAAGAGCCAUUGAUCGCACUGCAUUCUCCAGUAAACAUGAUUCUCACAUUGCA